GAUGUAUUGGUGAAUAACGCGGGAAUCGUUGGCUUAACUGAUAUCGAAGAGAGUGGUGUCGAUGUGAAAGUGAAGGACAUAUUGGAGACAAACGUUCACUCAGUGGUACUGUUGUGUCAUUUGGCUGUUCCUCAUCUCAUCCAAAGCGUCGGCAAUGUCGUGAGUGUGUCGAGUGUGGCCUCAACUAAACCGCAUUCAACAUUUUUUGGGUAUUGUAUGGCAAAGAGCUGUGUGGAUAUUCUCACUAAAUGUCUGGCCAUUGAUUUGGGCCCAAAGGGUGUUCGUGUGAAUGCCGUGAAUCCAGCGGUGAUUAAGACAAACAUAUUUGAGGCCGGAUUUGGGUUAGACGUGGAGACAACACAACAAGUCAUUUACAGAGACUGUGAACAAACAUAUCCUCUGCAGAGACCAGGAAAUCCAGAAGAAGUGGCCGAAGCCAUAGCCUUCUUGUCCUCAGACGAGGCCUCUUUCAUUAGCGGCGCUACGCUUGAAGUGGACGGCGGCUCGAUGUGGACCUCCCGGGGCGCCAACCCUAACAAUAACCUUUAGGUCUUGUUACUGUAUGAAUUUACUGAACAAU